GAGGCUGAAGAUGCACUUAAAAGAUAGAUUGACUCAAUUCCAGAUUUUAAGGCAAAAAAUUCAAUCUGACAACCGUGAGACUGUUGAAAGGAUAGUGUACACAGUUACUGGAACAAGGCCUACUGAAGAGAUGAUUGAACGCUUGAUAGAAACUGGAGACAGUGAACAAAUAUUUUCCAUGGCAAUUCAAGGACAUGGCAGAGGACAGAUAGUUGACACAUUAGCAGAAAUUCAUGAGCGCCGAGAUGCCGUCGUUGAGCUCGAAAAUAAACUUAUUGAUCUGCAACAA